AUGGCCAGCUUUGGAGUGAUUCUGGGGAUGUUACAGUACGCGGGACUUUACCUCCAACUUAACGCAGCGGUGAAGGUGGCGCACGCCGAGGUGGACAAACACGUCUCCGGACACGCUCUUUUUACAGAGGUGCCCAGCGACAUCACGACGCAGAGCGGUGAAGAUGUAGAGAUGGCUUGUUCCUUCCGCGGGGCGGGCUCUCCCUCCCACUCCCUGGAGAUCCAGUGGUGGUACAUGAAGGACCACAGAAACUGGCAGGAGAAGUCAGCCCAGGUCACUAAUUACGUUGUACCCCAGGAGGAGACGUCCAAAGAUGCCACCAAAAUCAGCGUGGUCAAAGUAGCCGGCAGCAACAUCUCCCACAAGCUCCGUCUCUCCAGCGUCAAGCCGUCGGACGAGGGCACAUACGAGUGUCGCGUCAUUGACUUCAGCGGCACGGUGGCACAGGACCACAGGGUGCGCGCCUACCUGCAGGUGGAGCCGGUGAGGGGUCGGGGGCCGGACCAGGUCAAGCCACGGGAGCAAGGCCGCCGGUUGCAGGGGAACCAGCCGCACCCCCACCAUGAGACAGAGGGCAGGGAACUGAAGAGGAGAUCAGCCGGCAGCAGCACUGACUGUAACGAGAGCUGUGUGCUUUAG